UAAUGAACAUUUCAGGAGACACCCCGGCACAUAUAUAUUCACACAAUAUAACGGCCUGGUAUCAACUUAAACUUGAACCAGGAGCAAAAGUUGGGGGUUUGCGCACCCUUUAUGAGAAAAUUAACAAUGGUCUAGAUCCUAAAAUUUGUUAUUUUGUGAAAGAUCUAGAGCCUGCCGUAUACAGAUGCACACAUACUGAAACAAUCAACAGCACACAUAUGAGUUUUGUAGAUUACAAGUUCAACAUCACUUCAUAUGUACCGGAUGAUAAUGACCCAAAAACUUUUAUUUGGACUAGCCGAAAAGAAGGAACAUAUUGUGUGGGCAAAUGUGAACCUGAUGUAAAUAGUUAUACUAGCCCACAAAAUUGUACAUGGACUUUAAAGCAUUGUUUUAAUUUAACCACUUGUGGGUAUAGUAAACCCAAGAAAUGUCCAAAAUUAUAUCCCAUCCCUCCUGGUGGUUUUAUUAAGGGAAAUAUUAACAAAACUUUACUGCAUGAUGUUAAUUUAGUAAUGACCCAUGUAACAUAUAAUAUUUCUAAUAUUUUGUCUGCUUAUGUGAAACAUUGCAGUGCUGAUGAUAAAACAUAUGCAUGGCUACAGUCACGAAUCGAUGAUUUAAUCUCUGAUUACAAAAGUAGACUGGCAGUCCAGGUUUCACCUGUACGUUCUAAACGAGACCUGCUUGGAAAUGUAGCAGGUCUUUUUGGCUCAGUUAAUUCACUUGCCAACACGUAUAAAAUAACUGGACAAUCACAAUUUUCAGCAUGGUUGGCAAACCAGGUGGCCACUGGUUUUCAGCAUCUCACUAAUAGUAAUGAGAAAAUUAUUAAAGCUGUUAGAUCUGAAGCGCAGGCGCUUCUAUUAACCAGCAAUUCAUUGUUCAAUCAGACCCGUACCAUCGAACGUGACUUAGCUUGCAGAUCAUAUGCACAAGAUUUAUUUACUGUCGCUAGACAAGAAGUUUUAGACUUACGUCUUCUCAAAACACCUAGACAUGCUCUAAAGGAUUUAAUAGAAAUUUUGGAUUUACAUAGGUGGGUUACAUCUGAAAAGAUGAAAGAUAUUAAAUAUUCAGAAUUAUUAUCAACAUUAAUGUUAUAUACUGGUGAUGAAUGUACUGGUUGCAUUGGAUUCUUUGCCAAUUUUCCUUUAAUACACCCAGAACAAGUGUUUUUAAAUUCCACUACCAUACGCUCUAUAGGUACAGUAGUGAAGAAUCAGAUUGUGAAAUGGGACCAUCUUACGGGAUAUAUGACUUUAAAGGGAAAUAAGACCUUGUUUACCACUCGCACCUGUUGUCAUGAAACUGCAAGUUAUGUGAUUUGUACAUGUAAUACUUUACAACCAUUUUCUCCAAAUGAUACUAAGCUCAUCAGUGUUCAGUCAUUACAUGGGCAUGCUGAUGCAAUACAGGUGUCACACACACAGUGGUGUGUGGUCAGUGAGAUGAAUUCCUUCACCUAUGGAGGUCUGACCUGUCCUGCAAACCAUACCUUUUGUCUUGAGGUAACAGAGGAUUUUACAAUGGGUCAGAUAAAUAUCUUGGGAAGGAUUCCACUAGACAUUGAUGUCUCUCCCUGGUGGGAAGACACGUUCUAUGAACACAGCACACAGUCAUUGACUGACACCAUGAAUUUGGUGCAACAAAUGAUUCAACAGACUGAGUAUCAUCUAAAUCAGGCUCAGGUAGAAACAAACCUGGCCAAAGGAACAGCAAAAAUUUUGUCAAGUUCAUCUAUUCGCUCUGCACAGUAUGUGUACACUUGGUGGGACUGGAUGUUUCGUGGGUGUGUGAUUGGCAGUGGACUUGUGUUUCUGUUUUCUUUGAUUCAAUGCUGGUAUUUCAGGUCUACAAUUCACUCUUUACGGACAUCUGCCAACACUGCUUUCACCCUAAGUCCUCUGCAAGUGCCCGCUAUACAGAGACUGUUGCAAUAAAAAAAAAAAAAAAAAAAAAACAAGAGAAAAAACACAAGGAUUUGAAUAUGACCAGCAAUGGUCCUUAUGGACUAUUUUUCAAUUGCUCCAAAAGGACCAGGGGAGGAAUUUGUAGUACAGCUGGUAUAUUAUAAACUUUAAGUUUAUUUUUGAAAGGACACUAUGAAACAAUUAAAACCUCAGGUGGUGUUGAUAACCCAAAUUUGACCCACAGGUGAAACUGUUUCCAGUUAUGCAACUCUUUGAUGUUGUAAUCUCUCCAUCACAAAGACUUUUGAACUGUUAGCCUUUAGGCUUACAUCACUGGGUAUCUGCUGAAAUGUAUAAUGUAAUGUACAUAUUAUGUGGUUUUAAGAUUGUAAUUUUAUAUUCAUAUUCAUGUACAGUAUUAUUUCAAAGGUCAUGGUGCGAUGAGUAAAAAAGGUCUCAUUUCUACAAGUCUAAGAAAAGAUGGUACAAAGUUUAGAUUUUAGAAUUUAGGAUAGAAAAUGCAUUUCUUUUAGAGGUGGGGUUUUUGCCAGGAUACUUCUGGCUAGUUUGACCAGUUGCCGUGAUACUCCUGGUUAGUUUUUACCAGGUGGCUUUUAGUAUCACUUGGUACAGGUCAAACUGGGUUUUUCUCCAGGUGUCCUUUAGUAUCACUUUUUACAGGGCAAACUGGAUUUUUGUAGUUUUUAUGAUGUCUUUGUUCUGGUCAGUAUUUAAGGGGCAUUGGCAAGGUGUUCAAGGAAGCAUCUGUAUUCAGACUUCCCGCACUGCUGUGUGUCGUUGUAUUUGCCAGGUAUGAUUUGACUCUGUGAUUUUUAUUUUAUUUACUACUGUUUUAGGUUUUACACUUUAUAUGUGAAUGUUGAUAUUUUGAGUAACGAAUUUGAAAACUAAAUGAUUGAUUUAAGUGUAACCUGCCUGGCAUAAUAAAUUGUUAUUUUUGAUUCAUUUUAAAUUCUUCAAAAUUGUAUUGAUUUAUUUUAAUUCUUUUCAGAAAUUAUUAUUUCCAGUAGAUAAGAAGGAGUCUGAUAUUACCGCAAAAUAAGUAUGUCAGGAUAUGAUCACACUGGUGUUUUGAUGUUGAAUGGAGCAUGGGGCACAUUCACCAGGACUCUCAGAUUUAUGUCUAUCACCUGCCUUAGCAAGUUGCAUGAUCGUGACUAAAAUAACUAUUUUUAUGAUCGGAGCAAGCAUGGGGCGGCCAGACGUAAAAAUAUUAGUUUACCCGGCAACCUCUGACUAAGACCAGAACUGGCAAUUUUGUGUCCGUGAGAUAUACGCAACGGCCGACGUAUACUCUGUGCGAUAUUGGGUCCCUAAUGAACGAAUAACUAAGACUAUGGGAAUUUAUAAAUAAUCAAUAAUUUAAAUUAAU